AUGCAUUCAGCAGUGGAGAAUACCAUCGGUCAUGGUGAUGUUAAAUCUGCAAAUAUUCUUCUUGACGGAAAUUUCACCCCAAAAGUAGCAGACUUUGGGACAUCAAAGUUGCUCGUAAGAGGAAAAGCUGAGAAGACUGAUUGGGUCACUGGGGAUAUGGCUUACAUAGAUCCAGAAUACAUGGCUAAUGGGACAGUUACACAGAAGAGCGAUGCCUACAGCUUUGGAAUUGUUCUCAUAGAGCUAAUUACAAGGAGACGGGCAACAUAUGAUGAAAAUAGGAGCUAUGUUGCAAACUUUGUUCAAGCUAGUCUUGAGAAAAGAGCAAGGGAGCUUUUCGACAAGGAUAUCACAAGCUUAAUAUCCUUAUGGGGAAAAAAGAUACCCAAAAGAGUUAAUAGGGAUUUCAUUUUAUCAACAACAAAGAAUGGAGUUGAUUUUUUUUUCACAAAAUAG